AUGCGCUGUGAUGGACCCCCGGACUGCAGAGAUCAUUCAGACGAGGAGGACUGCGCCGAACGGCCACCAUGCAGUACACAACGCCGCUGUCCGAAGAGCCAGGAGUGUCUGCUGGAUGAGUGGAUAUGUGAUGGAGAGAUGGACUGCAAGGAUGGCACAGAUGAGAAGAACUGUAAGGAGUCUCCAGUGCAGUGUGGUGAGUUCCAGUGGCCGUGCGCCUCUAACACGCAGUGUAUUCCACAAGCCUGGCGCUGUGAUGGCACUGAAGACUGCAGGGAUGGAAGCGACGAAUCUGGUUGUCCGAGUGUGUCCUGUCCUCCUCAUCUGUUCCAGUGUGGUAGUUUGGAGUGUGUGGACACGUCUCAGCUCUGUAACGGAGUCACUAACUGUCCGGAUGGUUCUGAUGAGGGCGGGACGUGCCAGACAGACAAAUGCUCUGAACAGUCAAAGUGUGCACAGGACUGCCAUAGCACACCUACAGGCACGGUAUGA